AUGAAGAAGAUCAUAUCUGAAGAAGCUAUCAAGAUAUUCAUUGAUUAUAGCUUUCCUAAUCAUGUGUACAAGUUGAUGAAAGAUCUCUAUGGAUUAGAACAAGCUCCUAGGUCUUCGUAUGAAAUAUUAACUGAGUUUUUGAUCUACAACGGUGAAAUGUCAAACAAGAUGGUGGAACAUUUUGUUCAUCAAAUGCAAUCUGAAUUUAAGACGAGUCUUCUAGGAGAACUCACUGACUUUCCUUGUCUACAAGUAAAGAAAAUGGACGACUACAUCUUUAUUUCUCAAAGCAAGUAUGCAAAUAGUAUAGUGAAUAAGUUUGGGUUUGACAAGGCAAGUCAUAAGAGAACUCCUAGUGCAAAACAUGUGAAAUUAUCCAUAGAUGAUAAUGGUGUUGAUGUUGUGAAAAGUCUAUAUAGAAGCAUGAUUGGUAGUAUGCUAUAUCUAAAAGCAAGAAGACUUAACAUCAAAUUUUUAGGUAUUUGUGCUAGAAACCAAGCUAAGCCCAAGGCUAGUAAUCUCACUCAAGUGAAGAGAAUCAUGAAAUAUAUAAGUGGAACUUGUGACUAUGGUAGUCUUUAUUCUCAUGAUACUAACUCAAUACUAGUAGGGUAUUAUGAUGUUGAUUAG